UUCAGUCAUCGCUGCCGCACUAUCGUCUCCUACCUCCUUUGCCUUCAAGCUUUCACGCGGGAGCUCAACAUCAGCCAUGGCGGAACAGACUGAGAAAGCUUUUCUUAAGCAGCCUAAGGUCUUCCUUAGCUCGAAGAAAUCUGGAAAAGGGAAGCGACCUGGAAAAGGUGGAAACCGUUUCUGGAAGAGCAUUGGUUUGGGCUUUAAGACUCCUCGUGAAGCAAUCGAUGGAGCAUACGUUGACAAGAAAUGCCCCUUCACUGGAACUGUUUCCAUUAGAGGUCGUAUCUUAGCUGGUACUUGCCACAGUGCUAAAAUGCAGAGGACCAUUAUUGUGCGAAGGGAUUACCUUCACUUUGUGAAGAAGUAUCAGAGGUAUGAGAAGAGGCAUUCGAACAUUCCUGCUCAUGUAUCUCCAUGCUUCCGUGUUAAGGAAGGAGACCAUAUCAUCAUUGGCCAAUGCAGGCCAUUGUCGAAGACAGUGAGGUUCAAUGUGUUGAAGGUGAUACCAGCUGGGUCUUCUUCUUCUUUUGGAAAGAAGGCAUUCACUGGAAUACAUUAAAUUUUGUUUUACUUUGCUGAAUCUUUUUCAUCCCAAUCUGUGAUCUCUGUUUAAGACCUGAGUUUUGCUACUCUUUCUUAUAAAGUUCGAUAAUCUGGUGUAGAAACCGGUUAGACCGACCAGUCCAAUACAAUACUUUCUAGUUC